AUGCCGUCGACAGCAGACAACGCCCCUCGAAUGGAGGCAUUCGAGGGACCUACGGCGAAUGCGGCUGGAGCGAAUGGUGUCAAGGAAGUAAGCGAUGUCUCUAAUGGGGUAUCGAACUCGAUGGAUCUGGCGGAAUACCUCUUCCGUCGUCUACAUGAGCUAGGAAUUCGAUCUGUUCAUGGUGUCCCUGGUGAUUACAAUUUGGUUGCUCUUGACUAUCUGCCAAAAGUUGGCCUCAGUUGGGUUGGAAGUGUCAAUGAAUUGAAUGCGGGCUAUGCUGCUGAUGGGUAUGCUCGAGUGAAAGGCGUUUCAGCUCUGAUAACCACGUACGGGGUGGGCGAGUUGUCGAGUAUUAAUGCCAUUGCCGGUGCUUAUUCUGAAUAUGUUCCAGUUGUCCACAUUGUGGGCGCUCCUUCAACAACCUCACAGAGGGAUCGAAUUAUUCUUCACCACACUCUGGGAGAUGGCAAUUACGAAGUCUUUCCAGAGAUGGGCAGACACGUUUCAUGUGCUGUUGCUAUCCUAGAUGACCCUUCGAGAGCUGCAGCCAUGGUUGACAAUGCUCUUCGAACAUGUAUCCUGAAAAGCCGCCCAAUUUAUAUCAGUUUACCUACCGAUAUGGUGCAAGCGAAGGUGGACGGGAGCCGGUUGAAAUACCCUAUUGACCUGAGUGUUCCACCUAAUGAUCAUCGACGGGAAACCCAGGUUGUCGACAUGGUAUCAAAGCUACUCCAAGCUGCCAGCCGGCCGGCACUGCUAGUUGAUGUUUUGGCUAUGAGAUACCAUGUCACCGAUGAAAUCAACGAAUUCAUUACCCGAUCCAACAUCCCGGCUUUUGUCACGCCCAUGGGAAAGGGGUCUGUUGAUGAGAGCCUGCCACAAUUCCAAGGCAUCUACGUAGGGGAGGCUUCUCCUCCAAAGAUCCGCGAAAGCUUUGAAUCAUCGGAUCUCAUUCUGAACAUUGGCCCUCUUAAAUCCGAUAUCAACACCGGAUGCUUCACAUCCAAAUAUGAUCAGCUGGCCAGCGUAGAAUUCCACGUUGACAAGACGAUAGUGGAAUUUUCAGAGUUCCCAGGCGUCGACAUGAGAGGAGUUCUCCGCCAGUUGGUCGGUGCUUUGGACAAACUGGAAAUCCCUGCAAGAAUGCCGUUCAAUGCUGCCAAGCGGAAAAGAGUCGAGCCCGUCGCCGAUGACCACAAACUAACCCACGACUGGCUCUGGCCAAAAGUCACGGAGUACCUGAAAAUGAAUGACAUUGUUAUAACCGAGGCGGGGACCUCGAAUUUUGGCGUCUGGGAAACGAGGUUUAAGAAAGGUACUAUUGGUAUUAGUUCUGUUCUGUGGAGCAGCAUUGGGUUCGCACUCGGAGCUUGCCAGGGUGCCGUGCUAGCAGCUCGAGAAAUGACGGAUGUCUCUCGAAGGACAUUGCUCUUCAUUGGAGAUGGGAGUUUCCAGCUCACAGCACAGGAACUGAGCACAAUCAUUCGUCAUAAGCUUACUCCUACGAUUUUCGUCAUCUGUAACAACGGUUUCGUAAUCGAACGAUACGUCCAUGGCAUGAACGCGUCCUACAACGACAUACAACCCUGGAAAUUUAACGACCUCGCUGCAGUCUUUGGAGCCAAGUCAAGUACAUGCAAGACAUUCCAAAUCCACACACGCAAAGAAUUAGAGAAUCUCUUUAAUGAUGGAGAUUUCUGCUCAGGCAAGGUUCUGCAGCUGGUUGAACUUUAUCUUCCUGGCGAUGAUGCGCCUACCUCGAUGAAGAUGCUUGCAGCCGCUGCGGCUAGGCGGAAUGCGAAGAAAUGA